UACACAGAUAAAUGUCAGUGAGCAGACAGGGGUUAAAAACCAGCUCGUGGGCACUUCAGCAGGGUUUGACACCGAGGCUGCUGCUGCUGACUCGUAUGACAAACAAGCUGAGAUGGAGUUUGCCUGCAGUCAUGUUGUGUGUAAUUGGAGGUCUGAUGGAGCAGCGUCCACAGGUGUUUCUCUGGUGGAGAAUGAGUAUGACAACGCAGAAGCUGUUAGACAGCAACAAGGUCCAGCUCCUCCACCGCUGCCUCCCCGCCGCCUCCGUAAACCUCGGCCUACUUCCCUCCCUCUCCCGCCUCCUCCUUCCUAUCAGCCUCCACCCACUCCUCUCUCUCUCCCCCCUCCUGUCCCACCUAGAGGUGACAAGUUGGAAGGAGAGAGCAGGUUGAACGCAAACGUCAACGUCGUUUCCCUCAGUGUUGGAAAACUGGUCAACAUCAGCCAAGCCCCAGGCAUGGAGAACUUUCAGAGCCCAGUGAUUUGUGGGAAAUGUAGUGCUGCCUUGUCAUGUCUGAGCACUAUACAGAGGAAUGUGUGGGUGUGUGAGUUUUGUGGAUGUGAGAACAGUGUGGAUGACCGUCUGAGGAGAGUCUGCAUCGGUCAGCGUGCAGGUGUCCGCAGCGACGACCUUUACCUGCCGUACCAGAGCGACGACGACUACCAGAACCUGGAGGACACGCUGGUGGUUUUCUGUGUCGACAUUUCUGGCAGCAUGAGCGUCACCACAGAGGUGACAUCGAGCAGUGGUUUUCCAGCCCACGUAUCCAGACUAGAGGGUAUCCAGGAUGCCCUCCAGAGAGCACUAACAUCCAUGAUGCAGCAGUCCCCCCGCAGGAGAGUGGCACUGGUGACAUUCGGUGAUGAGGUUGUAAUAUAUGGUGAUGGUACCAGUACUCCUCUCACUCUCAGGGACUGGGCGUUAGUUGACUAUGAUCAUAUAUGGGAACGGGGUGCGGCUUACAGCAUCCCACACUGCAUCGCUGAGACGUACCAACAACUAAUAAAACGAGUCAAAGAGCUCAGGGAACAUGGGGCAACGUGUCUCGGUCCUGCAGCAUUAGCCUCAGUUGCGAUGGCAUCAAGGUACCCAGGGUCAAAGGUGAUUUUGUGCACUGACGGCCUAGCCAACAUUGGACUGGGGGAGAUGGAGCAAACGCCCUCUCUGUCCUCUUCCCCCCUCACGCCAUAUUUCUACAGACAGCUGGCUCUUCAGGCUGUGGGCAGUGGGGUCAUAAUAUCGCUAAUGACCUUUGAAGGGACAGACUGUCGCCUGGCUGAUGUUGGGAAACUAGCCGACACUACAGGAGGAAGGGUGAACAUCGUGAGCCUUGGUACCAUUGCCUCAGAGAUGCAGUCAGCCUCCAUGGACAACGUCCUGGCAACAGGAGUCACGGCAACGCUGCUUGCUUCUGAUGGCAUGUAUUUUCCCUAUGAGGAUGAAAACAAUCAUAAACUGGUGAGAGAGAUUGGGAAUGUGACCAAAGGUCUGGAGAUCACCUUCCAGUUUGCUGUCAAACCAGAGUUUAUGGAGGUUUUCUUCCGGAGGAACACACUCCCAUUCCAACUGCAGCUGAGCUUCAAGACCAGAGACCAACAAAGAGUCACGCGUAUCAUUACCGAACAGCGACCAGUUACCUCCAGCAGUCGGUUGUGGGCCGGUAGUUUCAACGUGGCGGUGCUCGGUGUCCACUGCGCUCAGCUCUGUGCCAGUUUAACCAUGGAGGGCCGAGUGCAGGAGGCACAGAGGCAACUGAGAGCACAGCAAGAACUGCUGAACCAAAUCAGUAAGUACAGGCCAAUCCAGAAGCAGGAGAGUAUCUACAGCAACUGGAUGGACACCAUGACAACGAUAUGUGAUGACAUCACCACAGAGUCCCAGACUCUCUCUGAUGAAGCAGCUAAGGUGGUGUACCAGAUGAAGAGAGCCAGCAGUGUCGGCAACAACAACAGCAGCAGCAGCAGCAGCAGCAACGCAACUGAGACCCAGAAGAGGCCUGUGAGGAAGAAAAAGGCUCUUAUGGAGGGAAUGUAAAGAAGUCAGUCACGGUUAACUGUGACUUAAAGGUUUGAUUGUAGACCCUGAGGGUCUGACUCUUUUUGACUAAUAAAAAGUUGGAAAAUCUGUUAAAAUAGGCUUUUUCCCACAAAUCAGAGCCACGUUAGAGGUGAGAUUUUAUUGGUGACAAAAGUUCCCAGGAUAAAUAAUAUACUGUAUCAGUCCUGGGCUGGACAGGAAUUAAAUUUCCCUCGUGUGUCUCAUCACAGGAGAGAGAUUCAGCCAAACUUAUCUGUACUAUAUUUAUUUGGAUUUCUGUUUUAUAGGAAAUUUGAUUUAUGAAAAGAAACAGUUCUAUUUGUUUCGUAUCAAAUAAAAAUCAUUUUUUAAUCA